AUGGAGCAAGGUACCACUACACUUACGGAUCAGACUUACGACCUAUCUGUGAUUGGCAACUUGGACGCUGCCUCUCAUCUUCUGGGGGAUGAAUGGUACUUUGCGUCCAAUGACGGCAAUUACCAGUUUGCACUCGGCGAAACUGGACAAUACAUACCCAGAUUCCUUGGCGAUCCGACUUUGGCCGAAUGGGCUGUGCCUCUCUUAUCUCAAGAGCUUUCAACGCCCCAGCAGGAUACAUCAUUGGCAAACCUCGCGAGCCCCCCUGGCAGUGCCGAGUAUCGUCCAGAGUCUUUGGUGCCCCAACAAGCUUCAGAAUCCACAAAGCUCUCGAUUUCCCCUGACAAUACCGAAUGCCGACGCUCUCUAUCAAGGCAGCCUGAAGCAAAGAAACGCAGCGUGAGCUACGAAGUGGACAGUACGAGCAUGCGCAGUACGAUGAACCUGUCCCAAGACACUUCCACCACGAGUCCCCAGAUAGAAACACCAGUCCAAGAGGUUCGCCCCAGCACCAAAAGGCGUGGCACUGCCAACAAGGCCAGUGCUUCGCAAACCAAAGACAUCGCAUACAUCAAGAAAGUCAGGGAGAGGAACAAGCGUGCUGCAAUCAAGGUCCGCAUUAAGCAACGAGAAACUGAGAAAAGCCUCGAGUCUGCUGGAAAGAACUUGCAGCAGGUUAAUAACAGGUUGACAGAAUGUGCGAAGGAGCUAACUAGUCAAGUACACGACCUGAAGAUGCAACUCCUUCAACAUGGCACUUGUGACUGUGUCCUGAUUCAGGAGUACAUCGGUAAUGAAGCAAAUCGCUACGUCCAAGACACAAGUGGAUAG